AUGCCUUCUGUUACUUGGGGUGCAGUUCAAGGUAAAAAAGAGAAGCUUGUUAAUCGAGUUAUAAUUUGUGAUUAUCUUAAGAGUUUAGGGAUAAUUCCUGAUGAAUUGGAAAGUGUAGAACUUCCGUCGACUGUUGAGAUUAUGAAAGAGCGUGUCGAGUUUUUGCAGAGGUUGGGAUUGACUAUUGAUGAUAUUAAUGAGUAUCCUUUAAUGUUAGGUUGUAGUGUGAGGAAAAACAUUAUACCGGUGUUAGGUUAUUUGGAAAAGAUUGGCAUUGGUCGGUCUAAACUUGGGGAGUUUGUUAAGAGUUAUCCGCAGGUGUUGCACACGAGUGUAGUUGUUGAGUUGCAGCCUGUUAUUAAGUUUCUUCGGGGGUUGGAUGUUGAAAAGCAGGAUAUUGGAUUUGUUUUGCAGAAGUAUCCCGAGCUUCUUGGGUUUAAGAUUGAAGGGACAAUGAGUACUUCUGUGGCUUAUUUAGUUAGUAUAGGUGUUAGUCCUAGAGAUAUUGGACCAAUGGUAACACAAUAUCCGUACUUUUUGGGGAUGAGAGUGGGGACUAUGAUUAAGCCGUUUGUUGAUUAUUUGGUUUCUUUAGGUUUGCCAAAGAAAAUAGUGGCCCGGAUGUUGGAGAAAAGGGCGUACUUACUUCGAUAUGAUCUUCAAGAGACUGUUAAGCCAAAUGUGGAUUGUUUGAUUAGUUUUGGGAUUAGGAGGGAAGCACUUGCUUCCAUUAUAGCACAGUAUCCACAAAUUAUGGGCCUGCCUUUGAAAGCUAAGCUCUCUUCUCAGCAGUAUUUCUUUAACUUGAAAAUGAAGAUUGAUCCUGAAGGGUUUGCCAGAGUGAUAGAGAAAAUGCCACAAAUUGUUAGCCUUAACCAAAAUGUGAUCAUGAAACCUGUUCAGUUCCUUUUGGAGCGAGCAAUUGCAUAUGAGGAUGUUGCUAAGAUGGUUAUAAAAUGCCCACAGUUACUUGCAUUGAGAGUUCCACUAAUGAAGAACAGCUAUUACUUUUUCAAGAGUGAAAUGGGAAGGCCAGUGAAAGAGCUCGUGGAAUUCCCGGAAUAUUUUACUUACAGCUUGGAAUCUAGAAUAAAGCCCAGGUACCAGAUGCUAAAAAGCAAGGGGAUCAGGUCUUCACUGAAUUGGUUCCUCAAUUGUAGUGAUAAAAGAUUUGAGGAGAGGUUAGAAGGUGAUUAUAUUGAAUCAGAGAGUCUUGGUCCAUCAUUUUGUUUGGGUGGGAAGUUAGAACUACCAGGGUGCGAGAUUCUGUCAGAUGAGGAAGACGAGAGCGAUGAUGAAGAUGAAGCACUUUUCGGGCGCACAGUUUCUCUUUAA